CUUCUCUAUUUGACUCUUCAUCAUAUCCUCCUCCUUAGCCUCUCAAAUAAGAAUUUUCUUCUCCACAUUUACAUUUGUUUUCUUAGAAAUCAAUGGCAUCCCGUUCAAUGUCAUCGCAUGGCUCCGAUGGGUCGUGGACGGCCAAAGAAAACAAGGCUUUUGAGAGGGCUUUGGCUGUGUAUGACAAGGACACCCCGGAACGUUGGCACAAUGUAGCCAGGGCAGUUGGUGGAAAAACAGCAGAAGAAGUGAAGAGCCACUAUGAGCGCCUCGAGAAGGAUGUUGGGGAUAUUGAGGCAGGUCAAGUGCCAUUCCCCAAUUACAGGACUACUGGAGGGAAUAGCAAUGGAAGCAUGAGCGACGAGCUGAAGAGGAUGAAGAAUUUGAAGCUCUACUAAGUAUUAAAGUAAAUGCAGCAAUAAAGAACUAAUUGGUCUGCUCCUUUUAUAACAAGUAGGAGUAGAUAUAGCAGUAUAUAUACUGGUAAAUUCAAGAAUCACAAAUCUAUGAUUCAACCUGAAGUGUUUAUCUAUGUGUGUGUGAUGCAUUUAUGGAUGAAGAGACAUCCUCUAAUGCUGUUCUUACUAUUUAAGUUUCAAGGAUGAAAUCAAGUUCCUUUUGUUUUCCAUCAAUCUAC